CGAAUCAUUUCUCCCGAAACUUUGCCGAACUUCUGCUCACUUGGCUCUCGCUCCUCCGGCAGUGAUGGGGGGUCUGCCGCUUCUGCUGCCAUUGUUCCUUCUUACUCUUGGACUGAAGGCGACAGUAGCGAGCUCUUUAGAUGUGGAAACUGACAUAGUAGUGCCAUCGGAGCUGCAGCAGGAGCAGGUGGAGCAGAUUUGGGAAGCAUCCCGGUGGAGCAGAGGGCGCAGGAGGCGCUCCGAGAGCCAGCAUGGCCACCUAUUCGUGUCAUUGCCUGCUUUUAGCCGAGAGCUUUACCUGGAGCUCCAGAGGGAUGAAGGUUUCCUUGCUGAAGGCUUCAUGGUCGAGGAGAGGGAUCAAGAAGGGAAUGUCCAGCGUGAACCAGCUUUUAAAAGACAGUCCUGUCUCUACACAGGCACAGUUUUUAACCACACUGUCUCAUCUGCCUCGCUGGAUGUUUGCGGCGGCCUGACUGGCCUGAUUCGAAUUGGAAAUGAGAUUCUGUUUAUCGAGCCUGUUCACCAAGAACUCGAGUCUUUCUCUGGCGGGGAACAUAAAAUCACCAGACAAAAACGUUCUUCAGAUAAAACACCCCAAGCCACACACGCCGGCCCGGAACACUGCCAAAUCAUCAAAGGAAAGCGUAAGGAUUGGAGGUCUAAAAGCUCCGAAGAUGCUCGUGGAAGGAGAAACGCCAUCCGAAUGAGCGGAGAAUAUACCUUAGAGACGGUGGUUGUGGCCGACACAGACAUGGUACAGUACCAUGGAGCUGAGGCUGCACAGCGCUUCCUUUUUACAGUCAUGAACAUGGUGUAUAACAUGUUUCAGCACCCGAGUCUGGGAGUGAAGCUAAAUGUCCGACUCACCAAACUGGUCCUUCUACACUCCCGCCCAAAGAAGCUGAAGGUUGGCCAUCACGGAGAAAAAACGCUGGAGAGCUUUUGCCACUGGCAGCAUGAAGAAUUUGGAGGGGCUCGAUAUUUAGGAAAUAACCAUGUCCCCGGAGGCAGGGAUGAUCCCCCACCCCUGGACGUCGCAGUACUGGUCACAAGGACCGAUUUCUGUGUUCACAAAGACGAGCCCUGCGACACUGUUGGAAUCGCAUAUUUAGGUGGCACCUGCAGUGGCAAGAGGAAGUGCGUCGUAGCCGAGGACAACGGCCUCAACCUGGCCUUCACCAUUGCCCAUGAGCUCGGACACAGCAUGGGCAUGAGCCAUGACGAUGACCAUGCUGCUUGUACGGGCCACUCGCACAUCAUGUCAGGAGAAUGGGUCAAAGGUCGUAACCCUAGCGACCUCUCCUGGUCCACCUGCAGCCGUGAUGACUUGGAAAACUUCCUCAGGUCAAAGGCCAGUUCCUGUCUGUUACACACAGAUCCACGGAGUCGGUACCAGGUGCGUCUCCCUGCGAAGCUGCCUGGCAUGCACUACAGCGCAGACGAGCAAUGCCAGAUUCUAUUCGGCACCAACGCAACUUUCUGCACCAACAUGGAGCACCUGAUGUGUACAGGCCUGUGGUGUCUGGUAGAAGGAGAUACUUCCUGUAAGACCAAACUGGAUCCACCUUUGGAUGGCACAGAAUGUGGCUCCGAUAAGUGGUGCAGGGCUGGUGAGUGCGUCAGUAAGACCCCGAUCCCUCAGCACAUGGACGGAGACUGGAGUUCAUGGAGCCAGUGGAGCAUGUGCAGCCGAACCUGUGGUACCGGAGCUCGAUUCAGGCAGAGGAAGUGCGAUAACCCUCCACCCGGCCCUGGAGGGAAACAGUGCCUUGGGGGCAGUGUGGAGCACAAAGUGUGUGAGGGUCCUCCAUGUGCUAAGGGCUUGCCUACAUUCAGGGACCAGCAGUGCCAGUCUCACGAGCGCCAGGUGGGCAAGAAGAAGAGCCAAAUUUGGACAGCUGUUGUGAAUGACGAGAAGCCAUGUGCUCUAUACUGUACGCCGGUGGGCAGGGAUGCACCGGUGCCGAUAGCCGAGCGUGUGUUAGACGGGACGCCGUGCGGACCCUACGAGACUGACUUGUGUGUGCACGGAAGGUGCCAGAAAAUCGGCUGUGACGGCAUUAUCGGCUCCUCGGCCAAAGAGGACCGAUGUGGGGUGUGUAACGGCGACGGCAAGUCCUGUAAAAUUAUCCGAGGAGACUUCAACCACAGCAGCGGCAUGGGUUAUAUCGAGGCAGCCGUCAUUCCUAUAGGAGCGCGGCGAAUCAAAGUUGUGGAGGACCGACCAUCACACAGCUUCCUAGCGUUGAAAGACUCAAGCAAGAGAUCCAUAAACAGCGACUGGAAAAUCGAGCUGCCGGGGGAAUUCGAGCUCGCCGGCACCACCGUUCGCUACGUUCGCAGAGGAUUGUGGGAAAAGAUGUCUGCCAAGGGGCCCACUAAAACUCCUCUCCACCUCAUGGUUCUCCUGUUCCACGAUCAGACGUAUGGGAUCCACUACGAGUACACAGUGUCUCUGAACCAGUCUCAGGAGAGCAGCGCAGAGACGCCCAAAGAACCUGAACACCUCUACCUAUGGACUCAUAGCAGCUGGGAGGACUGCAGCGUGCACUGCGGAGGAGGAGAAAGAAAGACGGUGGUUUCCUGCAUAAGGAUGGUUAAUAAGACCAUGACACUGGUAAAUGAGAGCUUCUGUCAUCCGGAGAAUCGCCCUGCUUCUCAAGUCCGUCGAUGCAACAAUCAUCUUUGCCAAUAUAGAUGGGUGGCAGGUGACUGGGGCGAGUGUUCGGUGACGUGUGGAAAAGGUGCCCAACAGCGUGAGGUUGGCUGUGUUUAUCAGCUCCAGAACGGCUCGUUUCUCACCACACGAGAACUCUACUGCCUAGGUGUGAAGCCGGAGAGCAUUCAACACUGCGAGGGACGCCACUGCCUGACCACAUGGGAUGCCUCAGAGUGGAGCCAGUGCUCAUUUAAUUGUGGGCAGGGCGUCAGGAAAAGAACAGUGACAUGCAGAAAUCCUCAGGGGCUCUGUGACCCUGCUUCCCGUCCCACCCACCAGGAGCAAUGCGAAGAUUACUCUAAAUGCUUUGAGUGGAAGACUGGAGACUGGUCCAAGUGCUCAUCAUCCUGUGGAAAGGGGCUUCAGUCCCGUGUGGUCCAGUGCAUGCACAGAGUGACUGGUCGUCAUGGGAGUGACUGUCCCAAGGUUCUUAAGCCACCAGCAUACAGGCAAUGCCAUCAGGGGGCUUGCAAUGAAAAAGUUAAUGUCAACACCAUAACUUCACCGAGACUGGCGGCACUGACAUAUAAAUGCACAGGAGAUCAGUGGACGGUGUACUGCAGGGUGAUUCGGGAAAAGAAUCUGUGCCAGGACAUGCGCUGGUACCAACGCUGCUGCCAAACUUGCAGAGACUUUUACGCCAACACAAUGUCCCGCGAAAGUUAAUGAGCCCAGCACUUCUUACCACGUAGCAGCUUUUUUAUGUCAUUUUUUUUGUACUGUCAUAAAUGACACUGUGUAUAUUGUUAUUAAGGAUUAUAGGAUUUUCUGCAGUAACCGGUAAAUUGAUGCACAUGUCCGAUCAAGUAGGAUGUCGAAACGUUUAAGGUUUUGACCUAAAAAUGGUGCAAAAGGUCUAUGACCUUUUUCUUUUUUUCUUUAGUUUUUUUAUUGUUUUGCUGUAAACCAAAGUUCAGAACAUAGGAGGCCAUUGGAGAUGACUUCUUCAGCAUAGCAGCUUGGCUGUUGUACAGUAAGCUGACCAUUUAGGAAACUAUUGGGUAUAGGUUGCUUUCUAAAAGCCACUGGUUGGCCAGUAAUACCAGAACUGAGCAAUGGGACAUUAUUGUAAUUUUCAUAUCUUAUUCACAUAUUAGUUCUCUUAUUUUCUUAUAUUCCUUCCAGAUUCCUUAGAGAGGUCCAUUAAGUGCCUUAACAAGAUGUUCCGAAUUACAUUUUUAUAGGGCCAGUUGCACCCUAUAGGCUAUGACACAAGCCAUAGUUGUCAUAUAUUAGAUCAUCUGUAAAAGCUAAAUAGGUCAUAGCAAAGACUGAUUUUAAGAGAGGACUUUUGCCAACUGAAUGUAUACCUGAGAGCAACUAAUACUGGCUUCAUUUGUGCACAUCCUUUUAUAAAAAUACUAAGCAAACUUACUGAUGCUACACACUUGCAGAGCUAGUAACAUCUAAAGACUUUACCCCUUUUUAUAGCAAUAUGGCAGAUGCCUGAAAACUACACAUUCUUGGUUUUUCAGAGAAAACAUCGGGCUAAAUAUCAAUAAAAAAUUCACCAGGCAGUUCACUGAAGGAGAAAGUAGUGAAAGUAAAAGAUAUGCUCUUUCUUAUUGCAGUGAUCACUUACAACCCUAAUUCCAAAAAAAGUUGGCACAUUGUGUAAAAUCUAAACAAAAACAGAAUGCAAUGAUUUGCAAAUCUCUUAAAAAAUAUAUAUAUUUUUUAUUCACAAUAAAACUAAUAAAAAAAUGAAAAAUAUGUAAUUUUGAAUUCUAUGGCUGCAGCAGGUCUCAAAAAAGUUGGGACAGGGAAAUAAUUACCAUGCAGCAUCCCGUCUUCUGUCCGCAUACUAAUUGGAAACUGAGAAGAUAAGUUACUGAAGUUUUGGGAGAGGAAUGUUGUCCCAUAUGUGUCUGAUACUGGAUUCUAGAACUCAACACUUCUGGGUGUCCUUUGUUGCAUUUUAUGCAUUUUAUUGUUUUAUGAUGCGCGAAAUGUUUUCAAAAUGUGAAAGGUCUAGGGUGCAGCCAGGCCAGUUCAGCUCCUUUUUAUUUUUUCUUAAAAUGGUACAUUUCCUCAGUUGAAACAUUUGAUUUGUUUUCUAUGUUCUAUUGUGAAAAAUGGGUUUAUGAGAUACAUUCAGUUUUUUAUUUACAUUUUACACAGUGUAUCAACUUUUUUGGAAUUGGGGUUGUAUUUUUUGUACAAGACUUAUCUAGGUGGUGCUUGACUUCUUAUUUUAAGGUAGCGAAUCACACCAGAGCUUCUCAUCUUCGAUGUUUGCCACACAUAUCCACCAAUUUACUCUUUUUAAUGGUUCAAUUCUGUUCUUUCUUUUGGCACAUAAAUAUACACAGGAUACAUCAAUCUUGGACUGCCAGAUUUCACAUGCACUGUUUGCAUAAAAAAAAAAAACAAAGUUCAGCCAAGACAUAUCAUAGCUGGAACUCUAAAUAGGUCAGGGCAUGAGAGAUUUUUUGAAACAUUGCUAGGUUUGGACUUAUAUAAAAAAAUAGACAAUUUUUUUUAUAGACCAAAGUUUCCCAACCCUGGUCCUUGUGUACCCACUGUCCUGUACAUGAGCUUAUUAAUAGCUUUUCCUGAUGUGAAGCAGGUGUGCUAGAACAUUUACAUGUGCAGGACAUGGUGUUCUCCAGGACAAGGGUUAGGAGCCUGAGAUAAUACCAAAAAAAUGCAGGUAAGCAAGAGCAAAAGUGCAAAUUUGCUGUUUCUCAUUAGCAUAGCCUGUAGGAUGCACUACAGCAAAAAAUGCUAUCGUGACAUACUUGAUAUAGUAAGUGUAAGACGUUAAAUGAAUAAGAUCAAUCUAAUGACUAGGCCAAUUCUUCAACCUCCUUUUUUUUUCUAAUUCUUUUAUUGUCAGCACAAUUGGCUAAACACCCCGUUUGACUUUUGUGUUUCCGUGACUAUGGAAUGAAUACAGAUUUAUUGAACUAUACUCGUACCUUUUUUUUUUUUUUUUCAAUUUAAGGGUUUGUCACCCUAAAACAUCAAUUUCAAACUAGUUUGCUUUUGUGUUUCAUUGUUUAAGAGUUUUUGUACUGUUUGUUAGAUUUUUUUUCAAUACGAAUCUUGCACAUUUGUUUACAUAUGUAAGAAGAGUGGGUGUUUAACUAACAUACAGAUUCAUCAUAAUUCUAGGACUCAUGCUCCAAACAAGGUGUUAUUUUAUUUGCAAUCGAAAUUAUGAGGCCAUAAAACGACCUGGAUCGAGAACUCUAGAUGAUGCCAUCACUAGCUGUUUAUAGGCUCACAUUUAGAUUCAUUACUUUGGAUUACAGGUGUAAAAUGUGAACUUUUCUGGUUUUAACACUACACAAAGUCCCUAUGUGAGCAUGUUUGUGUGUGUGUGUGUGUGUGUGUGUGUGUGUGUGUGUGUGUGUGUGUGUGUGUGUACGCAUUUUAUCUUGGUCCCUGUUUUCUCAGGCAGUGCAGGGUUCAUUUGGUGCUAGACAAAUUUCACUACUGUGGAAUUCAACCUGUUUUCGUCCUGUUUUUCUCAUGAUUGUUCUUCCAUAUGUAUUUUUUUUUUACCUGUAUGUUUGUGAUGUUUAUUUAAUACUAAAAUGUAGCUACCUUACUAUUUUAAAGAUUUUCAGCCUAUUGGUGCAAAUUGCUUUAUUUACUGCUAUGGGGCAGAUAUCCGUAUAUAUAUUCCAGUACUGUAUGUCUUUAGUUGCACAUGAUUGGUACAUACUCUGCAUUUUUUAUUUUAAUGGUGCUAAUUUGAUUAAAACUGUUUUAAUGGUUAUAAAAAAAAUAAAAUCUUAU